AUGGCCACCGCGGUGGCCGAGUUCAUCUUGCCAGACCUUGAGGAGCUUCCAACACCCACGCUCCUCAGGUACUUGCCGCAGAUCCUCCCAGUGCUCGCCCGCUUGGUAACGGUGCCAUCCCCUGAGGUUCGGCGCCACGUGCAGACGAUGUUGUUGAGAGUCUGCCCAUUGGUGGCUCCCCGUGGCCCUGAAGGGCCGCCAGAAAUCAGACCUAACAAGGGUGAAGUGUGA